AUGAAGGAAUCAUGCAGUUUAUUUAGCAUUUCAGGUGGUGAAGCCGGUUCAGCCGAUACUGCUCGUGAUCCACGUGGAUUUGCUGUAAAAUUCUAUACAGAGGAAGGAAACUGGGAUUUGGUGGGUCUUUCUUUGGAGUUUAUCUCUAUAAUGGUGCCCUCUUGGCUGAAAAAAAAUGUUUUGGAUGAAAUUAAACAAAAACGCGAUGCAAAUUCACAGUCCGUGAAUACGGUGGGCAACAACACGCCUAUCUUCUUCAUCCGCGACCCUAUUCUGUUCCCGAACUUUAUCCACACCCAAAAGAGAAACCCACAAACCCACUUGAAAGAUGCGAAUGCCAUGUGGGACUUCUGGGGUCUCCGCCCAGAAAGCAUCCAUCAGGUGAUGUUUCUGAUGUCGGAUCGUGGUACUCCCGACGGCUUCCGACACAUGAAUGGUUAUGGGUCACAUACAUUCAAAAUGGUUAAUGCUGAUGGAAAAGCAGUAUAUUGCAAAUUCCACUUUAAGGCCCAGAAGAUUAAGAACCUUAUGGCUGAUGAGGCUGCACGGUUGGCCGGAGAAGAUCCAGAUUAUGCAAUCCGCGACCUUUAUAAUGCCAUCGAAAGAGGCGAUUAUCCAGUGAUGACAUUUGAACAAGCCCAACAAUGGCCAAUGAAUCCGUUUGAUCUCACAAAAGUAUGGCCACACAGUGAAUUCCCUCUGAUUCCAGUAGGAAAAAUGGUUCUAAACAGAAAUCCACGUAACUACUUUGCUGAGGUCGAACAAGCAGCAUUCAGUCCAGCUCAUGUUGUGCCUGGCAUUGAAUUUUCUCCGGACAAGAUGUUGCAAGGACGCCUAUUCUCCUAUACUGAUACCCAUUUCCAUCGUCUUGGAACUAACUAUAUGCAGUUGCCAAUCAACUGUCCAUAUCGUGCACGAGCACACAAUACUCAGCGAGAUGGACCAGCUGCUUAUGACAACCAAGGUGAGGUUCCAAAUUACUUCCCUAACAGCUUCAAUGGACAUAUGACAUGCCCACGUUCGGCUGAAAGCAAGUUCAGUGUAAGCGGAGACGUGGAUCGUCACGACCCUGGAACUGAUGACGUAUUCGAACAGCCUAGAAUUUUCUACAAGAAGGUAUGCUCAACCUUGUGUGCGUAGUA